UUCCUAACUCAGUCUUCUCAACAAUGGACGGCUCAAUCACCUGUAGCUCCUCGGACCUCGCCCUCUUCUCCUCCUCCAACACCACUGCACUUGCCUCCUUCCUUUGCUCCCGUUUUUCCACCAUCUCCAACACCUUCUCAGAUGCUUCUUACGCCAUCAACAACACCUAUCUCCUCUUCUCCGCCUACCUCGUCUUCGCCAUGCAACUUGGCUUUGCCAUGCUUUGUGCUGGUUCUGUCCGUGCCAAGAACACCAUGAACAUCAUGCUUACCAAUGUCCUUGACGCCGCAGCUGGGGGCUUAUCCUACUACCUCUUCGGCUACGCCUUCGCCUUUGGCUCCCCAUCUAACGGAUUCAUCGGCCGCCAUUUCUUCGGCCUCAGAGAUUUUCCUUCUCCCUCUGCCGACUACAGUUUCUUCCUUUACCAGUGGGCUUUCGCGAUUGCCGCCGCCGGUAUCACCAGCGGCUCCAUAGCCGAGAGAACCCAGUUCGUUGCUUACCUCAUAUACUCUUCCUUCCUCACAGGGUUUGUCUAUCCAAUCGUUUCUCACUGGUUCUGGUCCGGUGAUGGUUGGGCUAGCGCCACCCGAUCCGAAAACCUCUUAUUCGGAUCGGGUGUGAUUGACUUCGCUGGUUCGGGCGUGGUCCACAUGGUGGGAGGCAUUGCUGGUUUAUGGGGUGCGUUAAUUGAAGGCCCGAGGAUUGGCCGGUUUGACCAGACAGGUCGGUCUGUAGCUCUUCGCGGACACAGCGCAUCCUUAGUCGUACUCGGUUCGUUUCUGUUAUGGUUCGGCUGGUAUGGCUUUAAUCCAGGUUCGUUCUUAACCAUCAUGAAAGGAUACGGUGGUGGUGGUACUUAUUACGGUCAAUGGACUGCCAUUGGAAGGACAGCUGUCACCACGACAUUGGCUGGAAGCACAGCGGCACUCACAACCUUAUUCAGCAAGAGAUUGCUUGUUGGUCACUGGAAUGUAGUCGACGUCUGUAAUGGCUUAUUGGGGGGAUUCGCUGCAAUAACCUCCGGGUGCUCUGUGGUGGAACCGUGGGCUGCAAUAAUUUGUGGCUUUGUAGCAGCUUGGGUCUUAAUUGGGUGCAACAUGCUUGCAUCGAAGCUAAAGUACGAUGACCCCCUCGAGGCUGCUCAACUGCACGGCGGGUGUGGUGCGUGGGGACUUUUGUUUACCGGAUUGUUUGCAACCAAGGCGUACGUCAACGAGGUGUAUCCGGGACUUCCGGAACGGCCGUAUGGAUUGCUCAUGGGCGGCGGAGGGAAACUUUUAGCGGCCCAGAUCAUUCAGAUUUUGGUGAUAUUAGGGUGGGUCACAGCCACAAUGGGCCCACUUUUUUAUGUGCUACAGAAAAUGAGGUUGCUGAGGAUCUCCACUGAAGAUGAGACGGCAGGGAUGGAUCUAACUAGGCACGGUGGGUUUGCUUACGCGUACCAUGAUGAGGAUGAUCUGUCGCUGAAGCCUGAUUUCAUGAUGAGAAAAGUGAAGCCCACUAAUCAGACACCAAUAUUAAGCGGUGAAGGAUCACCCCCAUCACAUGUGCAAGUUUGAGUACUGUUUGCUCACUCUACAAGCCGAGAGGAGCGCUAUAGCAAGAAAUUUUGUUACUGUUU